AUGUCCCUGAGGAUGGAAGGGGAGCGUUGCCUGUGCCCUGCCCCAGCACCUGCCUGUCACAGCCUGUGCUCAUGGGAGAGGCUCCUGACUGUCCCAUGCACAGGUGGAGCAUCCCUGCUCCAGAAUAAUUUACCUGAGGUGCUGACAUGUAGGAAAAAGUGUUUGUUUUGCUCAACAGUGACUUUUGUUUGGAUCUUUUUUGACAGAGUAAAGUUGGAUGACAUAGUUGCAGAUGAUUAUGAAGAGACAGAUGAUGGCUUUACUUACACAACAGAAGAAGACAAAAAAAGGCACAGACACAAGCAGGACGAGGAAGAAUUCUCUAGGAAUGAAGACAGGCAUAAAAGGAAAAAGAAAAAGGACAAGCAUAAUCUUGAGUAUUCCUCCUGCAGGGAAGAGAGCUCUGUAGAUAUUUGGGACUCUCAAAAAAGGUACAUGAAAAGAAAAAGGAAGGAAGAAGUUAGUGGAAGAAAUAGACUUGCAGAAGGUAAGGAAGAGAGCUCUACUGCCCAUUCUAAAAAGCUUAAAAAAACAGAGAAGGAGAAACAGUUGGCAACAAAAAAGAAGGAUGAAAAGCAGACAAAGGCUGCUGCAGCAAAGAUGGCUUUAGAACGGGAAAAUGAGAACUUUUCUCUAAAUUCUGGUAAAAAUAGCACCAAAAAGAUCACAACACAGUCCAGAAAAAAGAGGGUGGAAACUUCAGAUUCCUCCAGCACAUCGUCUGACAGUGACAGCAGUGAAUUAAACAUAAAGCAAAACAAAUCUUCCCAUAAACCCGUAGCGGUGACACUUCCCAAAGACAAAUCCCAAGCUGCUGCUGCAAAUUCUGAUGCAAAAACGAAUAAAGUGACUGUAAAGUCUAAGACUGAAAAGACUAAGACUGCAGUUAGUAAAAAUGCUAAAAAACCCCAGUCCUCUAGUUCAGAUUCUGACUCGAGUACAGAGGAUGAGAAGGCGACACCAGCACAAGGCAGCACUGCCAAGGAAAAGUCUCUGCCCACCAACACGGUGGCUGUAAAAGCCAGUACCAAGGCUCCCAAAGCAAAGAGCUCCUCCUCAGAGUCUGACAGUUCAGAUUCAGACACACCUGUUACUAAAAAACCCGCAGCAGAUGCUGGGCUGAGUAAUUCCAUAGGAAGAAACUGUAUUAAACAGUUGCCAACCAAUACUCAGGGACCAUUUGCCAGCCCAGGCCGUGGAAGGGGGCGUGGAUCGGGAGAGGAUUGUUUCUGGAGAGGACCCAGGGGCCGUGGGUUUCGUGGGAUGAUGAGGGGCCAAGGCCAUGGGAGAGGAGCAAACCCUGGCUUCUUCUAUAACUACAGCAGUGAAGGCCAGAAACAGAGGCAGUUAAAUGAAUCUGCGACAAACACUUCUGUUGUUGUCCAGAAUCCCGUGGAAGUUCCCAAGAGAGACUAUAGUGUGUUACCUCUUCUAGCUGCUCCACCCCAAGUGGGAGAAAAGAUUGCCUUUAAGCGCUUGGAACUAACUGAAAAUUACAGUCCUGAAGUUUCAGACUAUAAGGAGGCAAAAAUAAUCAGUUGGAAUGCUGAUAAAAAACAGAUCGAGCUCGAGAUCCUUUCAGCACCAGCAGGACAAAUUGCUAAGGAGCCGGGGAAAUUCGAUCUGGUUUACCAGUCUGCAGAUGGAGCAGAGCUGAUUGAGUAUGCUGUCCCUCAGGACACCAAGAUAACUGAAAGCUGGGACGCCCUGAUAGAGCCAAGACUGAUUGUUGAGCCUCCAGUCAAUGGAUCCAGCGUUGAAAAUGGAACCAUCUAAAGUGUGAAAAAAUGUACAUAACUGUACAGACUUGUUUUGUGAAAUGCUGCCUUCUGGUUCUGAGGGUGGCAGGUGCACUGGUGGAUAUUGUUAAUAAAUUGUUUUAAAAAGAA